CCCCAUCAUUGGUUUCAGUGGGAGGAAUUGUGCCCCAUCAUUGGUAUCAGUGGGAGGAAUAGUGCCCCAUCAUUGGUGUCAGUGGGGAGGAAUAGUGCCCCAUCAUUGGUGUCAGUGGGAGGAAUAGUGCCCCAUCAUUGGUAUCAGUGGGAGGAAUAGUGCCCCAUCAUUGGUAUCAGUGGGAGGAAUAGUGCCCCAUCAUUGGUAUCAGUGGGAGCAAGAAGUGCCCCAUCAUUAGUGUCAGUGGGAGGAAUAGUGCCCCAUCAUUGGUGUCAGUGGGAGGAAUAGUGCCCCAUCAUUGGUGUCAGUGGGAAGAAUAGUGCCCCCUCAUUGGUGUCAGUGACACCAAUGAGGGGGCACUAUUCCUCUCA